AUGAAGAAUCUGGGUAUUGUGCAAUUGAUAUAUUUGACUAUAUCUGAUCAAGUAACUAUUCAUGAGGCUACGGAACAGCAAACUAUUUCAUCAAUAUUGGCAGCUGCAAAUCCAAUUGGUGGUCAAUACAACAGGAGAUUAACAUUGAGAUUAUUUUCAAAAAAAAAAUUCAACAUAAUAAUAAUUAUAUGUAUAUUUCUAGCAAUUUUUGGAUACUUUGAAACAGAUGAUAUUGAUAAUACACAAAGAACUACAAUGUCAACUCAAAACAAUAGCGUCAUGGGUUUAAAUGUCAAUACUACCAACAGUGAUCAAUUGACAAUGUCAAGAGGAAAUGGAAAUGGAGAUUGGUAG